UGAAAGGGCAGACGCGAGAUAGCCAUGCACUUUCCGUCUUGCUCGCCACGGCCCAGCCGCCUCUUCGCACCACACAUGAAGCUGCUCUUGCUUGCCUGCACCGCGCUGCCGUGCCUCAUGGUGCUGGCCAAGGACAGCCAAGGCCCCGUGCUCCAAGAGGCCAAGACGAGCGAAGUGCUCAAGAGCGUCAUUGACGUCGCUCUCGGCAAGGAAGCCAACGACGGCGCCAGCACCGUCGGCUUCGUGCUCAGCCCCGAGCAGAUCGACAUGAUCCAAAGCGCGCUCGGCGUCGAAAUGACGGAGAGCGAGGACGAUGCACCCGACGUCAAGCGCCGCGUGGACAACUCGGCGAUCAAGCACCGUGCAUUCCCGGGCGACCUCCGCGGCCUUGGUGCGAUCGACGACAUGAUGAAGGGGCAGCUCGAGUCGCUCAUCAAGGUCGCGGGCGUCGAGCUGCCGACGGACCUCGACGCGCGCAUCAACAACGACAAGAUCGACGACCUCCUCUCGUGGUACAACAUGACCUGGCUCGCGUUCAACCUGAGCGUGUCGUAUGUCUUUGGCGAUGGCCUCCUCGGCGGCGUCGUCGUUGCGUCUCUGCUCGCGACACUUUUUGUCGUGCUGCCGUGGGCUCUCCGGAAGCGAAGGGAACGGGCCAUGACGCGCUGGCUCACCGCCUUUUACAUGGAGCACGCGCCCGACUCGAUGCUCCGCAUCCCGAAAGCGGUCGAAGCGUACAUGCAGCUGCCGCGCGGCUUUGAUCGCAUGAAGGCCGACGUCAUCAAAAAAUACAUUACGAACGCCGACGAGACCAAGAAGACCAAGUAACUCGACUCGACCAGUGCACCCUCAAUUUUCGAAAUACAUUUGCAACCUGUCAGUCUGUA